AUGGUGACGCAUGACUACAAGGAAGCCUCGGCCAUCGCCCGUAAGAGAAGGGCCGCCAGCAUUGCUGCAUUCUACAAGACUCCCACCUGGAACGAAGAAGACCUACCCAAAAACUUGACCGAGUUCGCUCUCAGUUCAGGCUAUUAUACAGAUGCCGAACUUGCCAUCGUCCAAACCGAGGCAGAUGCUAUUCUCGAGAACAUCAAGACCAGAAAAUGGACCGCUCUCGAGGUUGCACAAACAUUCUGCAAGGCAUCAGCUCUAGCCCAGGAACUUACCAACUGCGUGACUGAGGUGCUUUAUCCUGAGGCGAUGGAGAGAGCAAGAUACCUUGACGAAUAUCUUGCGCGUACGGGCCAGACCAUCGGUCCCUUGCAUGGCCUGCCCAUCUCGCUCAAGGACUGCCUCGUUACCGCUCCACAUCCGAGCAGCAACGGCAUGGCCUGUUUCGCCAAUGAGCCCAUGCAGAAAGACGCGUUGUUGGUGAGCAUCCUGCGAGAUCUUGGCGCAGUCUUUUAUGUCAAGACCAACGUCCCUGUGGCAAUGAUGAUGGGCGAGACCAACAACAAUGUGUGGGGUGAGACUCGGAACCCUCUUCACAAGCAUCUCAGUCCCGGCGGGUCCAGUGGUGGAGAGGGUGCUAUAAUAGCCUUCAAAGCGUCGCCUUUGGGAGUUGGGACAGACAUCGGUGGCAGUAUUCGCAUUCCAUCUGCUUGGUGCCACUUAUACGGCCUCAAACCCAGCUUCGGUCGCUAUCCAACCUAUGGUGGGAAACCUGGCAUAGCCGGGCAAGAAUACAUCCUCGCCGUCAACGGGCCGAUGUCGAGAUCCUUGAAAUCCCUUCAGCUAUACUCCGAAGCUGUCUUGUCAGAACAGGUUGCUCCGUGGGAGCAUGAUCACAAAUGUGUUCCAAUUCCUUGGAGGAAAAGUGUCAUCCAGCCUCCUGGACGCAAGCUCAGGCUUGGUCUCGUUGGUCUUGAUGACGGCCUCGUGACCUGCCAUCCACCCGUGGAACGAGCAUUGAAUAUAACCAAGGCAGCACUGGAACGUCAAGGCCACGAAGUGGUUCCUUGGCCAACCGAAGACCAUGAGGCAAUCGUCAAGAACCUACAAGCCGCGUUCUUCGAUCUGGGUGGCGCCGCAAUCAUGGAUUUGGUGAAACCUUACAAUGAACCCAUUUUUCCCUCCAUGCAGGGCUACGCCAUAGCGGCACAGGCUGGCGAAAGUGAGCUUGGCCCGACGAAGAUGCGUCUGAUGAAUAUGCGCCGCAAUGAGCUCCAAAAGGCAUAUCUCGAUCGCUGGAACGCGUCUGCCACGGACGAAAAGCCACGUAUCGACGGUAUUAUCCAGGCAGUAUCGCCCUGGGCAGCCCCUAGGCUUGGAGAAACACAGCGUUCGGGCUUGUAUGGUGGAUACACAGGUGUCUGGAAUUUCCUCGACUUCGCCUCCUGCACCUUUCCCGUGACAGUUGCCGACAAGAACCUCGACAAAGCUCGAGAUUUGACGACGUUCAACCCCCUCAGCGACAUCGAUCGCCGCAUUCAAGCAGAUUAUGACGCUGACUUCUACCACGGCGCCCCCGUCGCGUUGCAGAUUGUCGGACGCCGGUUGGAGGAGGAAAAGGUCCUCGAGAUGUGUGAAGUCAUUGACAACUGCUUGAAGACGCGGUGA